UUAAAAAGGGUUUUCAUGUUUCCUAGUUAUUCUUUCCUGGAAAUUUCGAUGAAUGGAAAAUCUUUUAUUUUACUUGCAUAUCAAGAAAGGUGCAGACCUUAUAUAGAAGAGUUGAUGGUUCAUAUUUACUGUGUUUACAGCUAGAGACUUGUGAUUGAAAAUGUAUAAAUUCACUGUUCUUGGCCUUCUGUUGGCUGUUGUAUGUGUCAUAACAGGAGAAUAUGUUUGUAAUGGUGAUUCCCACUUGGGAAAUUGCUCCAAAUCAGACCUUGAAACACUUUCUGACUUCAAAAAUGGCCUUAAUGAUCCUGAAAACAGGCUCUCCUCAUGGCAAGGAAGCGGCUGUUGUCAAUGGCAUGGAAUUGGGUGCAACAAUAGCACUGGAGCUGUCAUCAUGAUUGAUCUUCACAACCCUUAUCCUAUAACUUCUGAAUCUUCAAGCGGCGGGUAUGGUUUUUGGAACUUGAGUGGUGAUAUCAGUCCUUCAUUGCCAAACCUCAAGUCCUUGGAGUACUUGGAUUUGAGUUUGAACACCUUCAAUGACAUCUCAAUUCCUGAAUUCCUGGGAUCAUUGAAGAAUUUGAGGUAUCUGAACCUAUCAAAAGCUGGAUUCAGUGGUCUAAUUCCAGCAAGUCUUGGGAACAUUUCUAGCCUGCAAUUUCUUGAUGUUUCUACUGAAUUUGCGAGCUUAAGCUCAGAUAGUCUUCAAUGGGUGGCUAGUCUUGUUUCUUUGAAACAUCUUGCCAUGAAUGAAGUUGACCUUUCCAUGAUAGAUUCAGGAUUUCUUGGGACAAUGAAUAGGCUUUCAUUUCUGAAUGAGCUGCACCUCUCAGGAUGUCAGCUCUCCGGUUCCAUUUUGUCUCUCAACUCUGUUAACUUAACUUCCCUUUCUGUUCUGGACCUUAGUUUCAACUCUUUCGGUCCUGGUUUCCCUGUCUGGCUAGUAAAUAUUAGCAGCCUUACUUAUGUUGAUCUAAGCAAUAAUGAUCUGUCUGGAAGAAUUCCACUGGAUCUUGGUGAAGUACCAAAUCUGCAAUAUCUGAAUCUUGCUGGAAACUCUAAUCUAUCUGUCAGCUGCUAUCAACUAUUGAGGAGAAGUUGGAAGAAGAUACAAGUUCUGAAUUUAGCGUCAAAUAAAGUUCAUGGCAAGCUCCCUGCUUCCAUUGGAAACAUGACAUCUCUCACAACUUUUGAUCUGUCAAAUAAUGAAGUUAAGGGUGGAAUCCCAAGCUCCAUCGGUAAACUUUGUAGUUUGAAAUCAUUUGAUUUGUCAAGCAAUAAUUUGACUGGUAGUUUGCCUCAAUUUCUUGAAGGAACACAGGAUUGUGUUCCCAAUAGGCCAUUUCCUAGUUUGAUGUAUUUGAGACUGAGCAACAACCGUUUAGUAGGCACACUGCCUGAAUGGAUGGGACUACUUCGAAAUCUAUUGGAACUCAAUCUCAACUACAAUUUGAUUGAAGGUGCAAUUCCUGCUUCUUUAGGCCAACUGUCAAACCUCACUAAUGUUGGCCUGGGAAGCAAUGAACUAAAUGGGACUCUUCCUGAUUCUUUUGGACAGCUAUCUGGUUUGUCUACCUUUGAUGUUUCAUCAAACCAUUUGACAGGUUUUAUAUCUGAAGCUCAUUUUGCAAAGCUAAGUAAGCUGAAGAUAUUACAUCUGUCUGCUAAUUCUUUCAUUGUUAAUCUAAGUUCCAAUUGGAUCCCACCAUUCCAAGUCCGGAAUCUUGAUAUGGGUUCUUGCUAUUUAGGCCCUUCAUUUCCAAAGUGGCUUAGAUAUCAGAAGGAGGUCCGAUAUCUAGAUUUCUCAAAUGCUAGCAUUUCAGGUUCCAUUCCAGACUGGUUCUGGGAUAUUUCUGGCAACCUAUCACUAUUGAAUGUUUCCUUCAAUGAGUUAGAAGGUCAACUACCAAACCCUUUAAAUGUUGCUCCCUUUGCAGAUGUUGAUUUCAGCUCAAACCUUCUUGAAGGCCCCAUUCCUCUUCCAGUUGUAGAGAUUGAAUUGCUUGAUCUCUCUAACAAUCAAAUCUCUGGUUCUAUCCCACAAAAUAUGAGUCAAUCCAUGCCAAACUUGAUAUUUCUCUCCCUUUCAAACAACCAAUUAACAGGAGGAAUCCCAAACUCCAUUGGUGAGAUGUUAUCUCUCCAAGCCAUUGAUCUUUCAAGGAACAAAUUAACUGGAAGCAUUCCAUCAAGCAUUGAGAAUUGUUCUUACCUGAAGGUUUUAGACCUUGGGAACAACAACCUCUCAGGUGUAAUUCCUGAUGCUUUGGGACAGUUACUACAACUUCAGUCACUACACUUGAACAACAACAACCUCAAAGGAAGCAUCCCUCCCUCUUUUAAGAACUUGUCAAGCUUGGAAACCUUAGAUCUUGGAAAUAACAGCUUGUCAGGCAACAUUCCCUUGUGGAUAGGAGAUGGCUUUCCAGCUCUCAGAAUUAUUAGUUUAAGAUCAAAUGCAUUUUCAGGUGAAAUCCCCUCCAAGUUGUCAAAUUUGAGUUCACUGCAAAUCCUGGACCUGGCAGAAAACAAUUUUACAGGCACCAUACCAGCAAGCCUGGGUGAUCUUAAAGCAAUGGCAAAUGAGCAAAAAAUAAUCCAGUACCUGCUCUAUGGGAAGUACAGGGGUCUAUAUUAUGAAGAAAGCUUGAUUAUCACUCUAAAAGACCAAAGUCUAAAGUUCAACAAGACACUUUCCCUAGUUACAAGCAUUGAUCUUUCUGGAAAUAACUUAAAUGGGGAUAUUCCAGAAUCAUUAACCAAACUGUCAGGUUUGCUUGUUUUGAAUCUAUCAAGAAACCAUAUCACUGGCGGCAUUCCUGGAAAUAUCUCAAAUUUACAUCAAUUAUCAUCUCUUGACCUCUCCAGAAAUAACCUCACAGGUGAAAUCCCUUCAAGAUUAUCUUCACUGUCCUUUCUGUCUUACUUGAACCUAUCCAACAAUAAUUUCUCAGGAGCCAUACCUUAUUCCGGGCAGCUGACAACAUUUGAUGCAUCAUCUUUCGAUGGAAAUCCAGGUCUUUGUGGAGGUCCACUGAACAUUAAGUGUGAAAAUGAUGGUGUUGACAGUGGGGGGAGAGUUGAAGGUGGGAAAAGUAAUGAAGGAAUCAUUGAUAAGUGGUUUUAUUUAAGUGUAGGAGUGGGGUUUGCAGCUGGGAUUUUGGUGCCUGUGCUUGUUAUAUCAGCUAGAAGCUCUUGGGUUGAUUCCUACUUUGGUAUGGUUGAGAAAUUUAUUGACAAAUCAGGGUUCAGAAAUUUAGCAGAUAGACAUGGAAGGAACAAGGGUUGAGAAAUUUACAGAUAUUAAAUAAUAAUCCCUUCCUGUUGAUUUUCUACUGUAUAACUGAUGCUUAUUACCAUCUAUAGGAUAUUAAGCUAUUUGUGUGUUGCAUGGCCAACCAUAUCCUAGUCAAGCCACUUCACUGAAUAUCCAUCAAAUAUCUUCCAUUUGUAUUGCAGAGGAAGCAAUGAAUUUCCUCUUAUUUUAAAGGUAAAAGCAUGUCUGUUUAACUGAUGAAAUGAACUUACUGAGUGCUUAUUAAAGAUAAAACAGUACCAUGGUUCGUUGAAGCACUGGGUGAGUUGUGCCAAAAAGAUUGUUUUGAUCUUUAUAUGGAGCUGUCCAAGUUUAGUUGAACUUUUUUUGUUUGAUCCCUUUAAAGCACGUGAGAGGAAAUGCAGAGAAUCAGGGUGAAUAAUUUUCCCCAUAAGUUUCUCCAUUUAAUGAUCUGGACUGAUAUUUGGUAUAGGGGUUGUCAAAUAUUGGUGGUGCAAAUCAAAGGUGAAUAAGGCUGUGUUUGUUUACCUGUAAAAUAUUUUACGGAAAAUAUUUUUAUCCUUUUUCACGGUUUGUUUGGUGGAAAAUGAUUCCCAUUGUAAAAGCUUCUCCAAAACAAGGGAAAAGAACGCUUUAUUUUAGGAAAAUGUCUUACCAUUUUCAUUUGGUAAGACAUUUUCCAAAAUUUUUCUCUUCAGCAGUAAACUUAACCCAAAGCCUCUUCCCCUUCCCCCUUCCUUCCCACCUUGAUCUAGUGCUUGCCGCCAGCCAACAACAGUUCCCAACACCAAUGGCCGGCAUUCAUUUUUGAUUUUCUUCCUUUCUGCCUUUCGUUGUCAAAUCUGCACUGCACCAAUCGACGAUGGCGUUCAUCUUCCUCUCUUGAAGCUAUGAAUGAAAGGGAAGAAAUAUGUGGUUGUUUUUUAGCAGCAACAUGUUGUUUUGGCCCAAUUGGUUGCUGGUUAAUCCCCCUUUUUUUAUGGUUUUUGUUAUUUUUACGUUUCAUCUUCUUUGAACUAUGCAAGUUGGAUUUUUGUUGGCGGUAAUGGAAUAAUUCGGAUAUGGUGGUGGUGGUGGCGGCCGAGACACAACUAAUGAGCAAAAAUUCAAAGUCUUUAAGUUCACACGUUAUUUGUUCAAAUGGGAUUAGUGGGCAUAAUUUUGUUUUGCUUUCUUUAAAUUUUCUUCCAAUAGAAAUCAAUUUUGUUUUACCCUUUUUCUUGGGGGUAAAAAAGAACAUUUUUUUCUAAUAUAUAUCAUUGAUUAGCUCGAAUUUU